CUGUCUCAUAAUAAGAGCCGACUUUUCUUUCAGCAGCUGCUCUCUCGUCCUCUCAACUCUUCCGGUGUGGAAUUUCGAAAUACGUUCUUUUUCGUCUCAGUGCAGCCUCCUUCCUCUCCUUCGUUGAUAAGGGGAGUUAUCCAUCCUUCUGAAUUUGUUGAUGUCAGACGAGGAAAACUCUUCACCCAAGAGCGAGACUGUAAAACGAGAGUGGAGCACUUACGACGCCAAUCAAGAAGGACCACCAGAUCUUCUAGAAUUUGUCGAUCUACCCCCAGUUUCCAUUGAUUAUACUCUACCAAUCGUGAUGGAGGAAACAUCUGACACUAAGAAGGCUAAAGAGCUUCAGAAAAAAUUGGAGAAAGAAGCAAAGAUGAAGAAAUUUCUAGAAAAACAGGAGCAGCAAAAAGCCAAAGCUGCAGAUGGGGAUAGUAAACCCAAAGCUGCAAAACAAGAUAAAUCAAAAGCAAAAGAAAAAACAUCUGGAAUUGAAGAUGGCCUUCUACAAGAACUUCAAAACUUGAAAAUCGGAGAAAAGAAACCUACUGUAAAAUUGCCUGAUGCAUAUGACCCAAAAUACGUUGAAGCCGCUUGGUAUUCGUGGUGGUGUCAGCAAGGAUUUUUUAAACCUGAAUAUGGGGUUAAUAUGGAAGAAGAAGAAGCUCUGAAGAAAGCUAUUGAAGCACGUGGAAAGUUUGUAAUUGUCAUUCCACCUCCAAAUGUUACUGGAACACUGCAUUUGGGACAUGCUUUGACGUGUGCAUUGGAAGACGUCCUAACCCGAUGGAAUCGCAUGCGUGGGAAAGUAACCCUUUGGGUUCCUGGUUGUGAUCAUGCUGGAAUUGCAACUCAGAUGGUCGUGGAGAAGGCAUUGGCAAGACAAGGAAUAUCUCGUCAUGACUUAGGACGAGAAGAAUUCACAAAACGCGUAUGGGAAUGGAAAAACCAAAAAGGCGAUCGAAUUUACGAACAGUUGAAGAGAAUGGCAAUAUCUGCUGACUGGGAUCGCGUCGCCUUUACAAUGGACGAAAAGCUAGGAAAAGCGGUUACUCGUGCAUUUGUUACCAUGUUUGAUUGGAAACUCAUUUAUCGAAGUGAUCGACUUGUGAACUGGUCAUGUACUCUUAAAAGCGCUAUUAGUGAUAUUGAAGUGGAUAAAGUUGAAUUGACUGGAAAGACAUUGCUGUCUGUUCCUGGUUAUGAAGAAAAGGUCGAGUUUGGUGUACUAACCUCAUUUGCAUACAAGAUUGACGACGAUACUGAAAUUGUUGUGGCUACAACCAGACCUGAAACCAUGCUUGGUGAUGUGGCUAUUGCUGUUCACCCUGAGGAUGAACGCUAUACGAGUUUAAUCGGGAAAAAGGCAAAACAUCCAUUUGUAGAUCGAGAACUAAUUAUUGUUGCAGACGAAUUCGUCGAAAAAGAGUUUGGGACAGGGGCUGUAAAGAUUACCCCAGCACACGAUCCGAAUGAUUAUGAAGUCGGAAAGCGUCACAACUUGGAAUUUGUUACAAUAAUAAACGAAGAUGGAAACAUGGAGGGCAAUUGCGGAAAAUUUAGCGGAAUGAAAAGAUUCGACGCAAGGAAGGCUGUAGUCGAGGAUUUAACAAGCCUAGGGCUGUACAGAGAUUGUGUUGACAAUCCUAUGGUGGUUCCCGUUUGCUCUCGUUCUAAGGACAUUGUUGAACCCCUGUUGAAGGCUCAGUGGUAUGUCGAUUGUACCAAUAUGGCAAAAGAAGCCCUUGAAGUUGUUCGGGAUGAAAAAAUUCGCAUUAUUCCUGACUUGUAUCGCAAAACAUGGGAAAACUGGAUGAAUGGAAUUCGUGACUGGUGUAUUUCAAGACAGCUCUGGUGGGGUCACCAGAUCCCUGCAUAUCGUGUCACUUUCGAUGGCUGCAAUACUGUAUUAGAUGAUGAACUUUGGGUUGCUGCGGAGGGCGAAGACGAAGCAAUGAAGAAAGCAACUGCUAAGUGGCCCGAGGCUGUAAAUAUUAAACUUAAGCGAGAUGAAGAUGUUUUGGACACAUGGUUCUCUUCUGGUCUUUUUCCAUUUUCUGUGAUGGGCUGGCCAGAUGAAGAAUCUGAGGACUUUAAACUUUUCUACCCCACGGAUUUACUAGAAACUGGCUAUGAUAUUAUUUUCUUUUGGGUAUCCAGAAUGAUAUUUAUGGCUGGCACGUUGACCAAAACUGAACCAUUCAAAGACGUUUUUCUUCAUUCGCUUGUGAGAGAUGCUCAUGGUCGAAAAAUGUCAAAAUCAUUAGGAAACGUAAUUGAUCCGCUGGACGUGAUACAAGGUGUUACUUUAGAAGCACUCCAUAAACAAUUAGAAGAGGGUAACUUGGAUCCCAAAGAAAUUGAAAAGGCGAAACAAGGACAAGAACAGGAUUACCCGGCCGGCAUUCCAGAAUGUGGAACAGACGCUUUAAGAUUUGGUCUCUGUGCUUGCAUGACACACGGGCGUGACAUCAAUUUAGAUGUACUUCGAGUACAAGGGUAUCGCUUCUUUUGCAACAAGGUGUGGAAUGCUGUAAAAUUUGCAUUAUUUUACUGGACAGACUACACACCAAGUGAUAAAAAUCCAAUCUCUAAAAACCUGCCACCAACCCAAUUUGACAGAAUGGAUAGAUGGAUUCUUAACAAGCUCAGCAAGGCCGCUGCUGGUACCAAUGAAGCGCUGAAGGAAUAUAAUUUUCAAGAAGCGACCACUGCUAUCUAUAGCUUUUGGUUGUAUGAAUUGUGCGACGUCUAUCUGGAAUCAUUGAAGCCCAAAUUUGUUAACAAAAAACCAGGGUCAACAUUGAGCGCAUCUCAAAUUCAAAGUCUUGAUGUUUUGCUGUUGUGUGUUGAUCACGGAUUACGAUUGUUGUCACCAUUCAUGCCAUUUUUAACUGAAGAAUUGUGGCAGCGUCUACCCCAAUUUAAACUUGAACCCAGAGCACCUUCCAUCACUGUUGCCUCGUUUCCUAUUCAAGCUGCGUUUAAAGAGUUUGAAGAUGACAAUUUAGAAAAGGAAGUAACUGCUAUGAACCAUUUCAUUCGUGUUAUUCGUUCAACUCGCUCAGCGUACGAGAUUCCACCCAAAACCAAAACAGAAGCCUUUGUACUUAACUCCGAUCCAUCACUUGAACCAGUCCUAAAAGAAGAUCAAGCAGUCCUUUGUGCACUGUCAUCGUCUAAAAGCAUCCAAGUAAUAAGUUCUAAAGAAGAGUGUCAACACGGUUGUGCCGCUGCAAUUGUCAAUGAUAAGUGCACUGUGUACUUGUUGCUCAAGGGUUUGAUUGAUUUGGCCAAAGAGGAAGAGAGGAUCAAUAAGCAGGUCAGCAUUAAAAACCAGCAACUGAAAAAACUUUCCGAUGCUGCAGCCAAGCCGGAUUACGCCAACAAAGUUCCUGCUGAUGUUCAAGAGUCAAACUCUGCAAAAAUGACAACUUUAACUGGUGAAAUUGAUCAGCUACUAAAGGCCUUAGAAGCUGUGAAGGUUAUGCUGUCAGAGUAAUGAUGCUAGAAGAGUUUUAAAUGUGUUGCCCUUAUUGGUUCAUUGUUAUAAUUAAUGGGUAAUUUUGUAUUAUGAAAUGUGAUUGCUCGACGGGUAUUUAUUUGGACAUAAUCAAAUUAAACUACUAGUGAGUUCCACAUCAUAA